AUGCCUCCCAAAAAACACGCCCGCUCUCCCAGCGCCGAUGCAAUCUACGAUGCGCCCGCCGGCAAAAUCGGCAAACACAACACCCCCAACGACCCCCUCCGCCAUCCCACCAUCCAGGUCGCGAAACGCAUCGACGCCGACACGCCGUUCAAUCAACUAACCACCCUCCUCAAGAAGUCUUCCUCCGACGACAAACCGCGCAAUGUCCUGCACUGGUUCCGCUCGAAAGAUCUCCGACAUCAAGAUAACCGCGCCCUUGCUGCUGCGGCGGAGAAAGUCAAAGAAGGGAAUGGGAACUUGAUUACGUGUUACUUACACUCGCCGAAGGAUAUGGAGUGGCAUGGCACAUCACCCGCACGGGUGGAUUUGAUUCUCGAAACGUUGAAACUUCUGCAAAAGGAAUUGGAGGACAAAAACGUUCCCCUAGCCAUCCUAGUCGCCGAGGAGAGGAAAGAUAAAACAAGCCGAGUCCUGGAGUUUGUCAAAAAGUGGGAUAUAUCCCACGUCUACGCCAACAUGGAAUACGAAGUCGAUGAGUUGCGGAGAGAUAUAGAUUUCAUUAAGAAGAAGGGCGAUGGGGUGGGAUUCGAAGUCCUGCAUGACCAGACGGUUGUGGAGCCGUUGGCACUAUGUACGGGAGCGGGUACGCCGCAUAAAGUGUUUACGCCGUAUCAUCGGGCGUGGUUGGGGGAGGUCGGGGAGGAUCCGGGGUUGUUGGAUACGGUGGCGAGUCCGGAGGGGAAUGAGAAGACGGCGAGGGAGGAGUUCAAGGAGUUGUUUGGGGGGAAGAUUCCCAAGGCGCCGGAGAAUAAGCAAUUCGCAGACGACAAGGAGAGGGAGAGGGUGAGGAAAUUAUGGCCGGCUGGACACGACGCAGGCAUGAAGAAAUUAUCCCUCUUCCUCGACCAGAAAGUCGACACCUACGCCGGCGACCGCUCCACACCCGCUCUUGACCCUUCGUCCCGGCUGAGCCCCUACUUCGCCUCGGGCCUCAUUUCCAUCCGCGAAGUCAUGAAAGCCUGCCUCAAGCACAAAACCGCCGGUGGCAAGAAAGUCCCCUCCCUCCCUCAAGGACCCGCAGCCUGGGUGCGCGAACUCGUCUUCCGCGAGUUCUACCGCCACACCACCUGCGCCACGCCACACACCUCGAUGAAUCUCCCAGUGAACUUGAAAUUCGACAACGUAGAAUGGGAAUCCGACGAAGAAGGCUGGAAAAAAUGGUGUGAAGGCACCACCGGCGUUCCCUUCGUCGACGCAGGAAUGCGCCAGCUCCGAGCGGAGAAGUGGAUGCACAAUCGCGCGAGGAUGAAUACCUCCUCCUACCUCUCCGCGAAUCUGCUCAUCGACUACCGCCGUGGAGAACGAUAUUUCGCGGAGCAUUUGGUGGACUGGGAUCUGAGUAAUAAUACCAAUGGCUGGCAGCCGAGUUAUACGGUUUUCAAUCCCGUGUCGCAGGCGGAGAAGUGUGAUCCUGAGGGGGAGUAUAUAAGGAGGUGGGUGCCGGAGUUGAAGCAUGUCAAGGGGAAAGCGGUGUUCGCGCCAAGUGAGAGGUUGGGGAAGGGGGAGUUUGAGAAGUUGGGGUAUCCGAGGCCGCAUGUGGAGUAUGGGGAGAGUAAGGCGAGGGCGGUGGAGAGGUAUAAGAAGGGGAUUGCGGAGGCGAGAGUGUAG